UAGCCCAGCCUCACCGUGGUGGAUGCCUUCGCGGGCACCUGGAAGCUAGUGGACAGCAAGAAUUUCCAUGACUACAUGAAAUCAAUUGGUGUGGGUUUCGCCACCAGGCAGGUGGCCAACAUGACCAAGCCUACCACAAUCAUCGAAGUGAAUGGGGACACAGUCACCAUAAAAACACAAAGCACCUUCAAGAGCACAGAGAUCAGCUUCAAGCUGGGAGUGGCAUUUGAUGAGACAACAGCAGAUGACAGGAAGGUCAAGUCCAUAGUGACACCGGAUGGAAGCAAACUUGUCCACGUGCAGAAGUGGAAUGGACAAGAGACAACGCUUGUUCGGGAACUAGUUGAUGGGAAACUCAUCCUGACACUCACCCACGGCAGUGAAGUGUGCAUUCGCACUUAUGAGAAAGAGGCAUGA